AAAUUUUAAAUUACAGCAAGAAGGUGUAUACGGAAAAUAACGCGAAUAACCAGUUUCCACUGCUUCGUGCAGCAAAAGAUGUAAAUCUCAUCAAUGAGCUCGUCGGUGUGCAGCUGGAAGAAAAUGAGAACAUGGUUGCGGAUGAGACUGAUGAGACUGAUGAGGAUGCUGCUAUGGAGGUUGAAAAUUUAGACGACGAAGUCUUUGAAGUCAAAUAUUACGACAACCAAUUGUACGACACUCGCCGGGUGGAGAAAAUGAAUAAAGAAAAUUAUUUUUCAUUAUUCGAAGGUAAGAAAAAAAAAAUAAAAAAUGAUUCUAGUGGCUGUAUUAUAAUUUUUUUUACUAUUUUCCAGUCGAGGAACCGCAGCAGGAACCCCAGCAACCGCAGCAACCGCAGCAGGAACCGCAGCGGAAGAAGCCGAAGUUGAAGCAGCUGCAGAAACCCCAGCAACCGCAGCAACUGCAGCGGAAGAAGCCGAAGUUGAAGCCGAAGCAGUUGAAGCAAAUGCAGGAACUGCAGGAGAGGGAUAAUGCUCUGGAAAGAGAAAUGCUGAAGCUGCAACAAGCAUGUGCAAGAAGGGAGGAAUUUCUGAAACACAAAAUGCAGCUAAAGCAGCGCAAGUUGCAAGAGCGACAGCAGCAGGAGUCGGCAAACGAAGUUUCACCACAUCCAACAAUGGAAGAGGUUUUAUUGAAUCCAACAAUGGAAGAGGUUUUAUUGAACCCUGAAGAAAGUAAUACCAAUAGGGUUGAAGAAAAAGAGAGGGAGGAAGAACCGCAGAACCCGUCGCAGAACCCACCGAACCCUGAAGAAAGUAAUACCAAUAGGGUUGAAGAAAAAGAGAGGGAGGAAGAACCGCAGAACCCGUCGCAGAACCCACCGAACCCUGAAGAAAGUAAUACCAAUAGGGUUAAAGAAAAAGAGAGGGAGGAAGAACCGCAGAACCCGUCGCAGAACCCACCGCAGAAGCCGGUUCAGUCAUCGUCGUCGUGUAUUAUGGAAAAAAUUGCGGGUAAGAGUUAA